AUGGAGAGUCGGGUAGUGAAUGUCUGCUUCUCCUUUCUAUCUCUGUGUGUGUGGUGGCCCGUAGGGAAGCGAGAAACAACGCCCCUCCUAAAAAACUGUUUUGCUCCUUCGCUGCGGGUGGUGGCUGAAGGGGGAGCGAGAAAUUGGACAAAAAAACUCACACGAGAAGGGGAAAGGAAAGAAACAAGGAACAAAGAUAAAAAUAAAGACAGGGUACGUAAUAGAUUAACGAAAAUGCCACCCGUGUUGUCCCCUGAGGACCACGCAAAGGCCAAGGAGUUCAGCGCAUUCCUUCGUCACUUGGGCCUAUCCCAUUGCCUGAAUUUAUUCGUGGAGCAGUGGCAGCUCUUGGUGAAGCAACAGGACUCGGCAAAGUCUCAGGGAGGAAAGAAGGGCCAAAAAGUGAGUCGGUCUUCUGCUUCUUCACGCUCCCGUAAGAGUUCAUCCUGUGCUGUUUCUAACUUUCAAAUCCUGCAAACGAUGCAUCGUGUGGUAACCUCCACCGGUGUGGAAGAAGAGCUUUGGAAACUGUCUGGUGAGGAUUAUCUUGCGCCAGAGUUUGCGGGCGGAGCGGGUAUAACUUUAGAAAAAUACAAGGAGCUCCAACCGACUGAAGAGACGCGGCUUUUGCCAACAAAGCCGUACUUUAAGGAGGCAGCACCUUCAAAUUUGCCACUGGAUUCUUUUCAUCUUCGCGUGGUGUAUGAAGUGGGGAAGACGGGCUUUGAGGAGGAAAAGGAUUUUCCCAUUAUUGCGGAUACGGUGGUUGCGGGGAGAUAUCAGAUGCUACAAUUUCUUGACUCCGCUGCAUUCUCUCGGGCAGUGCGCUGCAUGGAUCUAAUAGAAGACAGAGAAGUUUGCCUAAAAAUAAUACGCAACUCCAAGGACUUCUUUGAUCAAAGCUUGGAUGAGAUCAAGUUGCUUAAGUUAAUUGAUUCCUCUGGAAGCACGGAGGAGAACUGCGUGGUAAAAUUGUACGACUAUUUCUAUUAUAAGGAGCACAUGUUUAUUGUGACAGAGUUGCUUCGUGAUAACUUGUAUCAGUUUAGCAAGUUUAAUAGGGAGGAGGAAACGGAAUUUUAUUUUACUCUCCCUCGAUUACAGGCGAUAGCAAAGCAGAUUCUCACGGGUCUGUGUUUUUUGCAAAAUCUCGGGAUAUUACAUUGCGAUCUCAAACCAGAGAAUAUUCUCAUUCACUCAUUUAGCAGGUGUGAGGUAAAAAUUAUUGACUUUGGGAGUAGUUGCUACCUGACGGACAACCUCAGCUCGUACGUGCAGUCCCGUUGCUAUCGUGCUCCCGAGGUGAUUCUUGGUUGCAAGUACGACGGUCGUGUUGAUAUUUGGUCAUUGGGCGCCAUUCUGGCUGAACUAGCGACAGGCCGCGUUCUGUUUGAGAAUACCUCCUUGCAGCAAAUGCUAGCGUCCAUCUGUAGCGUGUGCGGUCCCUUACCGGCUUCAUUGCUUCACGAAGGACGUAACACACAACAUUUCGUAACAAAAACCGGUGUCUUUUACGAAUACCGGGAAGGGAAAGAACUUGUGUUUCAUUUCCCCGUUCCACAAAAUUCGUUAGAAGCAAUUUUUGGGUACGAUGAUCCUUUAUACAUUGAUUUUGUUCGGGCAUGUCUCACAAUUGAUCACCACCAACGUCCUACUGCGGCUGAGCUGCUGCAGCAUCCCUUCCUGCAGGAGGACUACGGAAGCGCGUGCAGCUCCCCGCCUCCCUUGAAGAAAAAACUGCUUGGCAAUGACGAACCUCCAGUUGGUUCUGUAACGGCGGAGGUGGAAUUUCAGGAUGCGCAGCCCACAGCAUAG